UGGCUACUCAUAGAUAAAUUGAAUUUUUCUGUCGUCCAGUCUUUCUCUUUACAUCACUGCACCUACUAAAUGUCAAAUAUGCUAUUGUUAAUUUGUGCUUUAGCCGGAAUUGUUUCUUGUCAAAAGCCUUUGUGGAAAGAGCCGCUUGCUCAUAUCAAUAAUGCUGAAUUACAGAAUUAUUUGCUGAAAGUUCAUCAACGAUGUCCAAAUAUUACCCGUGUUUAUGAAUUAAAUCAACGGAGUGUAAAAGGAUGGCCACUUAUCGUGAUAGAAAUUACAAAGCAUCCUGGAAAACAUGAAGAACUAAAACCAGAAUUCAAGUACAUUGGUAAUAUGCAUGGAAAUGAAGUUCUUGGACGAGUACUUUUAGCUGCACUUGCUGGUUACUUGUGUGAUGAGUACCUUUCUGGAAAUCCAGAUAUUCAAAAACUGAUUAACAUUACUCGUAUUCAUAUAUUGCCAUCAAUGAAUCCAGAUGGAUGGGAUAUUGCAACUGAAUCAGGUGGAAAAGACUGGCUCUCCGGACGAGAAAAUGCAAAUGGAGUAGAUUUAAACAGGGAUUUUCCAGACUUAAAUGCUGUUGCCUACAAAGCAGAAAAGCAAAAGCAGAGAACCAACCAUUUCUUUUCUGCUGAUGUUGUAGAUCAUAAGUUACAACCUGAGACAAAAGCAGUUAUUCAGUGGAUAUUAAACAAUCCUUUUGUGUUAUCUGCAAAUUUACAUGGUGGGGCACUGGUUGCUAACUACCCAUAUGAUGAAGCUCGAGGACCAAAUAAACUUCAUGACUAUACUGCUACCCCUGAUGAUGAUACUUUUAGAUUUUUAGCUGGUGUGUAUUCCGGAGCUCACAAAACCAUGGCUGCUGGAAAAUCAGUCAGUUGUGGUGGGGAUGAUUUUACACACCAGGGUGGCAUCACCAAUGGGGCAGCAUGGUAUAGUGUUGCUGGAGGAAUGCAAGAUUUCAAUUAUUUGAGUUCAAAUGAUUUUGAAAUUACCCUGGAGUUAGGCUGUGACAAAUAUCCUUCUGCUGAGAAGCUUCUUGAAGAAUGGAAUAAUAAUAAACAAGCACUAAUUGACUUCAUUUGGGAAAGUCAUAUUGGAGUGAAAGGUAUCGUAAAAGAUGCUUUGUCUGGACAACCUAUUCAAGGGGCAACAAUUAAAGUUUUUAAUGUAACUGGAAAUCGUCGAAUUGAUCAUGAUAUUACAUCAGUUCGUGGAGGUGAAUAUUGGCGAUUAUUGACUCCAGGUGAAUAUCGUAUUACUGUUGUUAAGGAUGGUUACAUCCCAAAGACUGAGAAUGUUGUUGUUUCCAACCCACCUCACCAGGAAGCAGUUCGCCUGGACUUUAGUUUGAUGCCCAAUUUUGAUGAUCAAUCUGAUAUGUUAUUCGACUCCAUGUCCAGUGAUCCCGAUGCUCUAGAGAUUUUGAAUCUUUUGGAUUUCUUAAGAUCACAGAAAGCACAGAAUUAAAAUAACCCGGAUUGUUAAAAAAUGGCAAAGGAUGGAACAUAAAUUAUUUGUGCAAUAUUGAUAUUGUGUAUGCCAUAUCCCUGUCAAUUAAACAAAACUUCAAUUUUUUCUUCUUAAAUAUGUGUUCAAUUUUUUCUGUUGGAAUUCCUGUAUAAUUAUGAAAAGUGAUCUCAUAUGUUAUUUAUUUCUUAAGGUUUACUGAACAAAAAUUAAGAUAUUUUAUGUCAUGUAAGAAUUAUAAAUACUAUGCAUUUUAAAAGAAGUUUAUUUAUGAAAGCAAGUGUUACUCUAAUUUUUUUUUGUCUGAAUAUGGGUUAGAACUUAAUACAAAGCAAUUUAUGUCCUAUAUUCAGAUAACCAUCAUAUAGUGAUGUUUUUUAUGCAUGUUAUUAUAAUAUUAGGUUUGUAUUUAACCUAUAUUUUAAAAUUUAUAGCUUACAUUUAGUUAUAUCUUAAAAUAAUUUUAAAAAUUAUUUUUUAAAAAUUAUGUAGUUUUUAUAGAAGUUAAAAUUAUUUAUUUUAAACUUGAGAAAAAUAAUUUUGCCCUUUUAUUGCAAACCAUUUCAAUCCUAAAAACUCUCAUUCAGUUUUAAAUAUUUCCAUUAAUCUUUUUAAUCUUUUUAAUAAGGUAUUUAGUUUCUGUUAUUAUUUUAUUUUAUUUGAGAUCUUUAUUCUAGUCAAUUAUUUGUUAUCAAUGCCAAAACAUUAUUAGAUUUGAAAUAUAUUUAAAGCAAAAGUCUUUUAUAAAAUCUCAUUUUAUGUCCAAACUAGUCUAAGGCAGUUUCAGAUUUUAUGUUUUUGUUGUUUCAGAACUUUUAUAUAUUAAAAAUAGUGUAUUUAUUGCUAAAAUUACAUUUGUUGUCAAAUAAAUUUUAAUUUAUUAUGAACAGAAAAGUGUUAUCUAUUAUUGAAUGACUUACAAAUGUACAGUACAGAUAAAUAAAUAUUAGACCAGUUUUAUUUUAGCACUGUAAACAUUUGUCUCAAAUAAAAAAUGUAUUUGUGAAAUGUU